AGGGGCGACUGACACUCCUGGGCUGUGAAUGGACAGCAGACGGCAGAGCGAAGUGACGUCUCAGGAAGUGAAAUGAGAACAGAAGUAGAUGGUAAGAGAGACGAUUUAGCGGUGAAAUAAGGUAAACAUAAUAAGACAAACAACAAAGCGUAAAAGCUGAGCAACAAGCAGAGUGAAAGUAAACCUGUAAUGUGGAGGAAACGGACAGUGAGCGCAGUGUAACCGUGACAACGAGACACGAGGACGGAUUUAAAGUGAUCAUAAAAUCGUCUCCACACGGUCGUCGUUCGUCCAGGAGGCGGGAUUAAUGCACCUGUAAGCUGAUUUGUCAAGCCCUGAAGAAGAACGGAGCAGGACAGCACUACUGUGGUAGAGGAGCGGUGUGUGUGCAGACAUGGCUGCUGUUGAUGAAGCGGACUGAACUUAGAGGAGAGACACAAAAUAUACCAACGUCUGUAUCGCUUUUAUUGAUGGUUGUAUCGAUCCGCCCAGCCCCAGUUGAAACAGCAAUGAGUUCAGUUCAGUAUCUGAGAGAGUUCAUCAAGGAGAGACUAACUGCUGUUGGUGAAGAAAUCUUCUCAGAGGUUCAAAAAACCAUCGUCCGGUAUGAGGAGGAGAUCAACCGUCAGCACAGACUGCUGGAUAUCAGCCGGAAACCCGACAGAAACUCACACAUCAUAGACCUCCCACAACAACAUUACUGUGAGGAAGAGGAGGGUCUGGAUGAGCAGCAGGUCUGUAACCAGGAGAGGAACUCCAAUCUGGACCAGGAGGACCCAGAGCCUCCACAGAUUAAAGAGGAACAGGAGGAACUCUGCAGCAGUCAGGAGGGAGAGCAGCUUGGACUGAAGCAGGAGACUGAAGGCAUUAUCGUCUGGACUGAUGAAGAGCAGCUCAGACUGAUGGAGACCAUCCGGAAACCUGUGAUAAAGCUACACAGAAUAGAUGUCCUACGCCAACAUGCUAUUGAGGAAGAAGAGGCUCUUACAGAACAGCAGGUCUUUAACCAGGAGAGGAACUCCAGUCUGGACCAGGAGGACCCAGAGCCCCCACAGAUUAAAGAGGAACAGGAGGAACUCUGCAGAAGUCAGGAGGGAGAGCAGCUUGGACUGAAGCAGGAAGCUGAUACUUUCAUGAAGACUCCUACUUAUGAGAAAAGUUCCCACAGUGAACCAGAACCAAACAGUGAGCAGCUCAUUUCUCACAGCUCUCCUGAAGCAGAGAGCAGAUAUCAUGAAGAAAAUGGGCAUGUGGACUCAGGAUCUACUAGAAAUACAGAGCUGAAGAAGAGACGUCACAGAAAGAGAGUAGACAACAGUCCUGUGUCAGUGAGUCAAAGUAGAACUGACACAAAGAACAAGUCUGUACAAUGUGACGUGUGUGGAAAAACUUUACAAAAUAAAUACAAAAUGACUACACAUCUAAGAGCUCACACAGGUGAGAAACCAUAUACUUGUAGCACCUGUGGGAAAGGAUUUAAUCAGAAGUCACAUUUGGAAUGUCAUACAAGAAUUCACACAGGUGAGAAACCAUAUACUUGUAGCACCUGUGGGAAAAGAUUUUCUAACAAAUGGAAUUGGGAAAGUCAUCUAAAAGUUCACACAGGUGAGAAGCCAUAUUUUUGUAGCACCUGUGGGAAAAGAUUUGCUGCAUCAUCUACGUUCAAAAGACACAUGAGAAUUCACACAGGUGAGAAGCCGUAUUCUUGUAACACCUGUGGGAAAAGAUUUGCUGCAUCAUCAGUGUUCAAAACACACAUGAGAAUUCAUGCUGAUGAGAAGCCGUAUUCGUGCAGCACCUGUGGGAAAGGAUUUAAUCAGAAGUCAUAUUUGGAAUGUCAUACAAGAAUUCACACAGGUGAGAAACCAUAUACUUGUAGCUUCUGUGGGAAAAGGUUUUCUAUCAAAUGUAAUUGGGAAAGUCAUCUAAAAGUUCACACAGGUGAGAAGCCAUAUUCUUGUAGCACCUGUGGGAAAAGAUUUGCUGCAUCAUCUACGUUCAAAAGACACACGAGAAUUCACACAGGUGAGAAGCCGUAUUAUUGUAGCACCUGUGGGAAAAGAUUGGCUGACUUAUCAACGUUCAAAAAACACACAAGAAUUCACACAGGUGAGAAGUCGUAUUCUUGUAACACCUGUGGGAAAAGAUUUGCUGCAUCAUCAGUGUUCAAAACACACAUGAGAAUUCAUGCUGAUGAGAAGCCGUAUUCGUGCAGCACCUGUGGGAAAGGAUUUAAUCAGAAGUCACAUUUGGAAUGUCAUACAAGAAUUCACACAGGUGAGAAACCAUAUCCUUGUACCACAUGUGGGAAAAGAUUUGCUGACCCAUCAGCAUUCAAAACACACAUGAGAAUUCACACAGGUGAGAAGCCGUAUUCUUGCAACACCUGUGGGAAAAGAUUUAUUCAGAAAUCAAAUUUGAACUGUCAUGUAAGAAUUCACACAGGUGAGAAACCGUAUCCUUGUAGCUUCUGUGGGGAAAGGUUUGUCCAGAGGAUAAAACUAAAGAAGCACAUGAGAAUUCAUACGGGUUUAAAUGUUCAUACUAAGAAAAUGUGGGACAGCUGUGAGUCAUCGCUAAACACGUGAGUGAAAAGAUGAUCCAUAUUGAGCCCAUUAUUUUUCUGUCUAGAGCAGUAAAGAACUCUCAGCAUUGUUUGUUCAGUUUAUUACAUUAUUCUAUUAAUUGUAUCAGGGAAACUCUGAUCUUAUAUUUCAUGAAGGUUUAAGUUCAGUAUGCUCCUGUUGGUUCAUUGUUUAGCUAUGUUGUUUAUUAUUACUGUUUUAUAUCCUAUAUUGGGACAAAUGUCACAAUAAAACACAAUAAAUAAACACAAUAAAAAUGAAAGAAUUGAGCAACAGUCAAGAACUGUGUUUAUUCUUGUAAGGGAGCAAAAGUAUCAAAUACCAAGUUUCAUGCUUGAAGGGGGAAGUCUCCAGUACAUUUUGUCAGUCCCACCCUCCUUUGCCUUAAAACUGUCACAAUAACGCUUUUCCUUCUAGAGGCUUCUCAAAAGGGCAGUUAUGAGUGUAUGAACUGUAAUGAGCAGAUAAAAUGUUUUUUGCAAUCUUGGCAUAUUUCCAGGCACUAAGUGUAUCUUUGACUGUCAUACAGCUCACACCAAUUAGAAAGUUGCAUAAGGUAUUUUUUUCCCAGUUGUCAAAUCCAAAAACUACAUUGGAGCUGCAGUGAUUCCUCAAUUAGUCAAUGAAUAGAGGCCAAUUCAGCUGGGAAAUAUUAACUGCUCUUUUUAAGAUGUAGUGUUUUAGCACACGAAACAUAGAAAGAAAAUAUGGGAGAAAAAAGACUG